UCCCUCCCCUGCCCCCAAAUCUCCACCAUCUCCUAACAACGAGCGAGAGUGGUUCGAGAUGCUCGUUUCUUGUGGACAAGGAGUGUGAGAAGCUGGGGAAUUUGUUCCCUAGUCUGCAGAUUCUGUUGAAUUCUGCAGAUUCGAACCCACAACCCAGGGAGAGGUCUUCUUUUCAUGCUCCAUGUUACAAAUUCCCCGUGGUCUCUUCUGAAAUGGCAUAUCUCAUACUGCAAACGUAGUGGUUGCUUGUCAUCUACCAGGGCACCGAGCGCGUUGUUGACGAAAUACGCCAUGGUAAUUACUGCUAAUUAGCAUCUUUCCGCUUUGGGUUGAAUCAUGCCCUUUCCAUAUUCAACCCGCUGUUCAGUUGAUCCAGUUUAUAUAAUUGUGCAACCAAAUGAUGCUCAAUGCUUUCGUACAUUUCACUCGAUCCUUUUUGUGGUUCAUGUCUAUAUAGAUAAGUUACGUGCUUAGAGCUAACACUUAUAUACCAUACCAUUGUAUACAUGACCACAUCUCCUUUACAAUCAUGAGUUGCAUACGAGGCAACAACAAACAGCAUAACUGCUUAAAGGUUCGGUGCCUACUCAUUGGUCACGUAUUAUUUCGAACACUCGUUCUCUAUAUAUUCUCAAUACACACUUGCGUCGGAGAGAGGUUAGAUCUUGACUAAUUUGUGAUGUGUGUUUUAGGUUAUUCAAAUCGUUUCUUAAUUGGACUGGUUGCUCAAAUUGGUAAACUAUGGACUUGCACCAGGUACUCCGUAUCUAGCUCUUGCAACUGGACAAGAUUAAGGGAUUGGCUUUGUUCCAUCCAUUUUUCUUGCACAGGUAAAUUGGUAUUCAGGAUCAUGGAUGCAGUAGCCGGCGUUAGGACUUGUUAUCUUCUCACUGGAAAAUGGAAAGCUAAACAAGCAGUUGAAUUGAUCGAAAAGUCAAGUGUAGGAAGUUGAUGUGGCUGAUGCACUAGAACUUCUCUCACCAGAUUCUGAAAGCAAAGAACAAAUAUGUUCACCAUAGCACCUACGCUUCUCCUUACUGGUGUUGCACCUCAAGAGUCAUCCAUAUUUAAGACGGCGAAUGGGGAGCAUCCAAGAUAAUAUUCGGAAAGAGAGAUGACCUCUGCCAAGAUGAGUUGGGCCACUGCAUGCUUUGGUCCUGUUGGGAAGUAAAUCUGGGGUGAGGUUACAACAAGCUUCAACAUCUCACAAAAAUCUCCAAACUCCGGACUAGAGCCUGCCUACAGCCCCGCCCACGCAUCCGUUCGGUGCUGGCCGCCAUAACUUCACCGGAGUCGCCUCCUGCUUCUGCGCCGCCUCGCCGGCACCGACAAGGCUCUGAAUCUGCUGCUGCUGCUGCCGCCGUUACAAUGCUGUAGCUGGCGCCGACGUGCCUGUGAGGACCACGUCUUCCUCGCUGCUGCUGCUGCGUUGCUGGUCCUGGGUGCUGAUCAGGGGCAAGCUCGUGAAGUUCACCUGUGUUGGGGGAGUUUCUUCCGAGAGUUCCAAUGGCGGAGCUGGUGGCCGCCAUGGCCAUCCGGCCACUGGUGUCCAUCCUAAUGAGCAAGGCGUCCAGCUCACUCCUGGAUGAGUACAAGGUGAUGGAGGGAAUGGAGGAGCAGCACAAGGUUCUCAAGCGCAAGCUUCCAGCCAUCCUUGACGUCAUGACUGACGCCGAGGAGCAGGCAACGGAGCAUAGAGAUGGUGCCAAAGCCUGGCUCCAGGAGCUCAAGACUGUGGCCUAUGAGGCAAAUGAAGUCUUCGAUGAAUUCAAGUACGAAGCGCUCCGCCGUGAAGCCAGGAAGAAGGGGCACUACAAAGAGCUUGGCUUUGAUGUAAUAAAACUCUUCCCUACUCACAACCGUAUUGUGUUCCGUCAUAAAAUGGGUCGCAAGCUUUGCCGGAUUCUGAAGGCCAUUGAUGUCCUUAUAGCGGAGAUGCAUGCCUUUAGGUUCAAGUACCGACCACAGCCGCCGGUGCCCAAGCAGUGGAGGCAGACGGAUUCUGUUAUCACCGACCUGCAAGACAUUGCCAGCAGAUCCAGAGACAAGGAUAAGAAGAAUAUUGUCACUACACUACUUGGUCAAGCUAACAAUGCAGAUUUCAUAGUCGUUCCCAUUGUUGGAAUGGGUGGCCUUGGCAAGACCACAUUAGCACAGCUCAUAUACAAUGAACCUGAAGUUCAGAAGCAUUUUCAAUUGCUGCUUUGGGUUUGUGUCUCUGAUACCUUUGAUGUGAACUCCCUGGCCAAGAGUAUAGUUGAAGCAUCUCCCAAUAAGAAUGUUGAUACAGACAAACCACCAUUGGAUAGACUUCAUAAAUUGGUCAGCGGACAGCGGUAUCUCCUUGUAUUGGAUGAUGUUUGGGACAACAAAGAGUUACGUAAGUGGGAAAGGCUCAAGGUAUGUCUUCAGCAUGGUGGCAUGGGCAGUGCAGUGUUGACAACAACUCGUGAUAAACGAGUUGCUGAAAUUAUGGGUGCAGAUAGGGCAGCCUACAAUCUCAAUGCUUUGGAGGAUCACUUCAUAAAGGAAAUUAUUGUGGAUAGAGCAUUCAGUUCAGAGAAUGGAAAGAUUCCCGAGCUACUCGAGAUGGUUGGUGAGAUUGUGAAGAGAUGUUGUGGCUCUCCAUUAGCUGCAAGUGCAAUGGGCUCUGUACUUCGUACCAAGACCACCGUGAAAGAAUGGAAUGCUAUAGCAUCUAGAAGCAGCAUUUGCACUGAGGAAACUGGAAUCUUGCCAAUACUCAAGCUUAGCUACAACGACUUGCCCGCACACAUGAAGCAGUGCUUUGCUUUCUGUGCUGUGUUUCCCAAGGAUUACAAGAUCAAUGUGGAUAAGCUUAUCCAACUAUGGAUUGCAAACGGCUUUAUCCCAGAACACAAGGAAGAUAGUCCCGAAACCUUUGGAAAACAUAUUUUCGAUGAGCUUGUCUCAAGGUCAUUCUUUCUGGACCUAGAGGAAAGUAAGGACUACAGCGGGUAUUAUUCCAGAACAACAUGUAAAAUCCAUGAUCUUAUGCAUGAUAUUGCAAUGUCUGUUAUGGGAAAGGAAUGUGUCGUUGCAAUUAAGGAACCAAGUCAAAUCGAGUGGCUGUCAGAUACUGCUCGGCAUUUGUUCUUAUCAUGUGAAGAAACACAAGGUAUUUUGAAUGAUUCUUUGGAGAAAAAGUCCCCUGUCAUUCAAACACUGAUAUGCGAUAGUCUUAUUCGAAGCUCAUUGAAGCAUCUAUCAAAAUAUAGCUCUUUGCAUGCCUUGAAGCUCUGUAUUAGAGGCACAGAAUCAUUUCUUCUGAAAUCAAUGUAUCUGCAUCAUCUGAGGUACCUUGAUCUCUCAAACAGUUCUAUCAAAUCACUUCCUGAAGAUAUAAGUAUUCUAUAUAACCUGCAAGUGCUGGACCUUUCCUACUGUUAUUAUCUUGAUCGACUUCCGAGGCAAAUGAAGUAUAUGACUUCCCUCCGUCACCUCAACACUCUUGGAUGUCCGGAGUUGAAGAGCAUGCCUCCAGGAUUUGAAAAUCUCACUAAGCUGCAGACACUCACAGUUUUUGUAGCAGGAGUUCCUGGCCCUGAUUGCAGUGAUGUUGUAGAGCUGCAGCAUUUAAACAUUGGUGGUCAGCUAGAGCUACGCCAGGUAGAGAAUGUUGAAAAAGCAGAAGCAGGAGUGGCGAAUCUUGGAAACAAGAAGGAUCUCAGAGAACUGUCGUUAAGAUGGACUAAGGUUGGCGACAGCAAGGUGCUCGACAAGUUUGAACCUCAUGGUGGGCUGCAGGUUCUGAAGAUAUAUUCCUAUGGAGGAGAGUGCAUGGGUAUGCUGCAAAACAUGGUUGAGAUCCAUCUUUUCCAUUGUGAAAGAUUGCGAUGUUUGUUUAGAUGCAGUACAAUCUUCACUUUUCCAAAACUGAAGGUGCUUACGCUAGAACAUUUGUUGGCUUUUGAGAGAUGGUGGGAAAUAGAUGAGUGGCAAGUAGAACAGACAAUAUUUCCUGUGCUUGAGAAGUUGUUUAUGAGCAAUUGUGGAAAGUUGGUAGCAUUACCCGAAGCACCAUUGCUGCGAGGACCUUGUGGUGAGGGUGGUUAUACAUUGGUACACUCAGCGUUUCCUGCCCUAAAGGUACUCAAAAUGGAAGAUUUGGAGAGCUUUCGGAGAUGGGAUGCAGUCGAAGAGACUCAAGGAGAACAGAUAUUGUUUCCUUGUCUUGAGGAACUGUCAAUUGAGAAAUGCCCAGAGCUGAUAAAUUUACCUGAAGCACCAUUGCUUGAAGAACCAUGUAGCGGAGGUGGUUAUAGAUUGGUACGUUCAGCCUUUCCUGCCCUCAAGGUGCUCAAAAUGAAAUGCUUGGGGAGUUUUCAGAGAUGGGAUGGUGCUGCCAAAGGUGAACAAAUAUUUUUUCCACAGCUUGAGAAACUAUCAGUUCAGCAAUGCCCAAUGUUGAUAGAUUUACCUGAGGUACCAAAAAUCAGUGUGUUAGAAAUUGAAGAUGGCAAGCAAGAGAUCUUCCAGUUUGUGGACAGAUAUUUGUCCUCAUUGACCAAUCUGAUACUGGAGCUAAAAAAUACAGAAACAACAUCAGAGGCUGAAUGCACUUCAAUUGUACCUGUGGACAGCAAAGAGAAAUGGAACCAGAAAUCCCCUCUUACAGUUAUGGUGCUACGAUGCUGCAACUCAUUCUUUGGACCAGGUGCACUAGAGCCGUGGGACUAUUUUGUACACCUUGAAAACUUGGAAAUUGAUAGAUGUGAUGUGCUCGUCCACUGGCCAGAGAAUGUGUUCCAAAGCUUGGUAUCCUUGAGGACAUUACUGAUUAGAAACUGCGAAAAUCUGACUGGAUAUGCACAAGCUCCUCUUGAGCCGUUGGCGUCUGAAAGGAGUCAGCACCCGAGAGGUCUGGAGUCUCUUUAUUUAGUAAGCUGCCCAAGUUUAGUAGAGAUGUUCAACGUCCCGGCAUCUCUCAAGAAAAUGAAUAUUUAUGAGUGCAUUAAGCUUGAGUCCAUAUUGGGCAAGCAGCAGGGCAUGGCAGAGUUAGUCCAAGUGUCUUCUAGCAAUGAGGCAAUCAUGCCUGCAGCUGUAUCAGAGUUGCCAUCCUCACCCAUGAAUCACUUCUGUCCAUGCCUAGAAGAUCUAGAUUUGGUCCUAUGUGGAAGCUUACAAGCAGUUCUACAUCUGCCUUUGUCCUUAAAGAACAUAUGGAUUGCUGACUGCAGUAGUAUUCAAGUCCUAUCAUGCCAGCUGGGUGGGCUCCAGAAACCAGAAGCCACUACCUCCAGAAGCAGAAGUCCUAUCAUGCCACAGCCACUAGCAGCAGCAACAGCACCAGCUGCAAGAGAGCAUUUACUUCCUCCCCAUCUCGAAUAUCUAACAAUACUUUACUGUGCUGGCAUGUUGGGUGGGCCUCUCCGUCUGCCUGCACCCCUCAAGACACUGCGCAUUAUUGGCAACAGUGGGCUGACAUCGCUGGAGUGUCUGUCGGGAGAGCACCCCCCAUCGCUGAAAGCCCUUUAUCUUGCGAACUGCAGUACCCUGGCAUCCCUGCCGAAUGAGCCGCAAGUAUACAGGUCUCUCUGGUCUCUUCAAAUCACAGGCUGCCCUGCUAUAAAGAAGCUCCCUAGAUGCCUGCAGCAGCAACUGGGCAGCAUCGAGGACAAAGUACUAGAUGCCCAUUAUAAAGUAACGGAAUUCAAACCAUUGAAACCGAAGACAUGGAAGGAAAUACCGAGGCUAGUCCGUGAGCGGAGGCAGGCCUGCCGGAGCUGAAGGUCAUUCAGCUUCUAUUCAAUGACAGGCCUGAUCCCUGAUUCUUGCACUGCUCUGUUCUGCUCUGCUAGAGGAAUGGCAUGUGAUUGCUUCUACAACUUAACUGUGCUGCAGUCGCUCUCCAUCGAGAAUGGCAUGUGUAGGGCGGCUGCUGCUGCUUGGCGUCGAGUCGAGCAUCUCUGAAUCAACAUCCUAGGCCAAGACCAUCUCAUCUUUGUUCUGGUUUGCUGUUGCCUGCUGGCCCUUGGGGCGUGUACACCAUUCCUGUCAUGUAGCCCAGUGUUGUUGUAUCUGAAUAGCUUCUUGCACCAUACAAUAUUUAAUUUGUACACCAAAAGACUGGGGAGGAUACAAGAUGUUUGUUUUACCCAAA